AUGGAAAUGGCUUUAGUGCAGCUAAAUAACGGUGGCGUCAACGACGGCGGUGCUUCAACUUUGUUCUGUUUCAUUGCUACUGCAUUUGCUUGCACCACUGGCCAAUGCAAGCAACUCCAAGAAACUUGUUCGUCUGAUGCAGAUUGUGCAGCUGGGCUUACUUGCUUGUCUUGUUCUUUAGUAUUUGAGGGUUCAAGAUGUGUAAGAUCAAACAUAACAGACCAGUUCAAGCUUAUGAACAAUUCUCUGCCUUUCAACAAAUAUGCAUUCUUGACUACUCACAAUUCAUUUGCCAUCGAAGGAGAGCCAUCCCACACAGGAGUUCCUAGAGUGACCUUUACAAAUCAAGAAGACAAUGUCACACAACAGCUCAAUCAUGGGGUUCGAGCUUUAAUGCUGGACACUUAUGAUUUUGAUGGAGAUGUUUGGUUGUGCCAUUCAUUUGAGGGAAAAUGCCAUGAUUUUACAGCAUUUGAACCUGCUAUAGACACUUUCAAGGAAAUAGAAGCCUUCCUGUCAGGAAAUCCAUCAGAAAUUGUAACAUUGAUCCUGGAAGACUACGUUUCAACACCAAAUGGAUUGACAAACGUUUUCAAUAAUUCAGGUUUGAUGAAAUAUUGGUUUCCAGUGUCAAAUAUGCCUCAAAAUGGAAAUGACUGGCCGCUGGUGAAGGACAUGGUUGACAAUAACCAAAGGCUUAUCGUCUUCACUUCAAAGAAGUCUAAACAAGAAACUGAAGGAAUAGCUUAUCAAUGGAACUAUAUGGUUGAGAACCAAUAUGGGGAUGAUGGGCUGAGUAAGAAUUGUACUAACAGAGCAGAGUCAUCAUCACUUAGUGACAAAACAAAAUCUUUGGUGCUAGUAAAUCACUUUGGAUCAGUUCCAGUGAAAGAAAUUGCAUGCAAUGAGAAUUCUGCAAGCCUUAUUGAUACCCUUCAUACAUGUUAUGCUGCAUCUGGUAAUAGAUGGGCUAACUUUGUUGCUGUUGAUUAUUACAAGAGGAGCAAUGGAGGUGGAGCAUUUCAAGCUGUAGACACACUGAACGGGGAGCUACUAUGUGACUGCAAUGAUGUACAUGCAUGUGUGGCGGGAUCAUCAGCAACGUGCACUCAAUGAGAAGCAAAUCAAACGUGAGCUUAGACAAUUAAACAUCUUAGAAAUUGGAUCUACAGGUUGAAGUAGGCAUUUACAUAUUCAGAAAUUGAAGCCUGUUAAAUGAUGAAAUAAGAAGUUAGUUGCAGUGAAAAUCUAGUUGAAGACAUUUUCCUCCAUCAUGCUUGGUUUAUAGAAAGAUUUUCA